AUGUUGCCAAGUGACUUGAUUUUUGGAUUUUUCCUCAUAUCUCAAAUUUGUAUUGGUGUCUUUGGGAACUCAUUGCUCUUUGUGUUAUAUACAUAUGCCUUCCUGAUCCGGCCACAUCUGAAGAAGCCCAUAGAUGUGAUUUUCUUACACCUGUCAUUGGUCAAUAUCUUGACCAUCACAUUCAGGCUGGUGCCAGAUAUUGCAUCAUCCUUUGGAGUAAGACGUUUCUUGGAUAGUGUUGGUUGUAAAACAGUGUUGUACACAUACAGAGUUACCCGGGGUCUCUCCAUUUGUACCACCUCACUCCUGAGUGUAUUUCAAGCUGUCACUAUGAGUCCCAGUCAUUCUAAGUUUGCAUGGCUUAAAUCUAAACUGUCCAAGUGGAUUUUGCCCUGUCUCCUGUGUUUUUGGAUCAUCAACCUGCUGAUCUACAUCCACAGCAUCCGAGCCACUGAAGCCAGCGGUAAUGUCACUGCUGUUGGUUCUGGGUAUGCUCAUGCGUACUGUCAAACUCAGCCACUGAAUCGCCACUAUUCAGCAGCACUCUUGAGUGUCAUGGUGCUUCGUGAUCUCCUGUUUGUGGUGCUCAUGAUCUGUGCCAGCCUCUGCAUGGUGACUCACCUCUGCAGGCACCUCAGGAAUGCCCAGCACAUCCACAGCCCCAGGCUCUCCUCCCAGACACCUCCAGAAAACAGAGCCACACACAGGAUCCUCAUCCUGGUCUUGUGCUUUGUGUUUUUUUAUUGUGCAAACAACUUCAUUACCUUCUAUUUAUUGUAUAGAACUGAGAAACGUCCAGAACUGGAGAAGAUUACUGGAAUUGUGGCUUCAUGCUACCCAGCCCUCUGUCCUUAUGUGCUGAUGAAAAAUAACAAAAUGAUCUCCAAUUUACUCCUUGCCAUUCAGAGAGUUCCCUUUGCUUAA